AUAUCUGUCUAUAAAUAACUCUUGACUGGAGUAUAUGAGGUUUAUUAACGAAUUCCCGUCAAUGUAUAGAUAACAAAUGAUAAGGGAACAGUCCCAGAUAAAUACAUUUUAUCAACAGGUAUGGAUACAACCUAGUGGGAGGAGUUGCCUUUUCUAUUGGAAUUUUUAUGAGCUAGGUGCUCUGCUUAUUGCCGUUAUUUAGAAAAGAACUUCAUCCGUUUGACCCAACCAAAAACGAAUCACAAUGAAUUUACUUAUUUCAUUUUUCUUUGCCACCAUUGUGAAGAUUCAAGGGGCAGAUUGGUGCUACCAGUCCCAGGUUACAUGCGGUGGCAACUGCACAGGACCUGAUGGUUGGGCAACGGUUGCUGGGACAUGUGACGGAACAGCCCAGUCUCCAAUUAACAUUGUGACGAGAAGAACCCUACCAGACGGACGCCUUACACCAUUCACAUUCACUGGGUACCAAGAGGCCUUCCACGGUUUCAUCACAAACAAUGGUCACACUGUUCAAGUGGACCUGCCUGCCACAGCGAAGGUUCAGGGUGGAGAUCUGGCAGUGCCAUACAAGGCAGUACAGCUCCACCUGCACUGGGGCAAGGAUGGAGGCCCUGGAUCAGAACACACCAUCGAUGGAGAACGAUAUCCCAUGGAGCUGCAUAUUGUUAAUAUAAAAGAGGAAUACAACUCUUUGGCUGAAGCUCUGAAAGACCCUGCAGGGGUUGGAGUUCUUGGAUUCCUUUAUGAGGAAUCAAGAAGCUCCAACAAAAAAUAUGACGCCAUUGUAAAUGCUCUGAACACUAUCAAACAUCCCAGCUCAAACACUACCCUUAGUGAAGUGUCCCUGGACAUGCUCAUCCCCUCUCAGAGUAAUAUGACCAGCUACUUCCGCUACGAUGGCUCUCUCACCACACCCGCCUGUGAAGAAUCUGUCGUCUGGACAAUGUUCGAAAAUACCAUUCCUCUCAGCAGGCAACAGCUUGCUGAAUUUUCUCAGCUUCAGUUUGCUGAUGGAAAGCCUAUGGUGGGAACCUAUCGCCCAGUCCAGCUAUUGAAUGGUCGCCAGGUGUAUCGCUCUGGAAGUCAAGUUGUCUUAGUCAGCACUCUGCUACUCAUCACCUCUGUGAUAUCAGCCAUUGGACUCCCACUGCCCAACUAAAUACCAGGAUCUUUGGAUUUGGGUAUCAGUUAAUUAGAGAGAGUGCCUGAUAUUGUCAAAAUCUCAAAUGCUUAUAUUUCACUUUUCUAUGCAGAUGUUCUCUUUCAAGUUCACUUUACUUGCCAAAUUAUAGUUGAUACAGUUUAUUCAAGGGGGUAAUGUGUUUAAGGACACAGCAUAAAUAAUGCACCAAUAGAUUCUAUAUUUUUAUUGUUAUGUAUAAAAUAAUACUUGAGGGCAUUGAUCCAAGCAUUGUUAUUACCUUCUUCAUAUCAUUAUUGUUAAUAUUUAAUUAACCUCAUAAACUUCCUAUAGUGACUGAACA